GCAGAGCGGCCGCGGCGGCCAGAAGUUGCCGGUGCGGCGGGACGCGGGGCGCGGAGUUGGCGUGGGGCCUGCGCGCGGCGCCGGGACGAUUUGGGGGCCGCGGGGACAGCGGCGCUCAGGACGCCGGCGCCGGGAGCUCCGCGGCGGGUUCAAACUUCUGCUGAAUCAUAACCAUUCACCACUGAGCUAUGACAAGAGACGAAACAAAAGUUAAAGGAGCAAGCCUGUCAUAAGUGAGAAGCUUAUAAUCAAAGGGAGGACUGAAAAAACAGCUGAGCUGUAUUAGGCGACCACAGUCUGGACUGCAUUUCUUAACUGCUGAAUAACACAUCACAGGUGCAGGAUUAGUGCUGCCUACGGUGCUGGUCUUUCUAGUGGAACCCCUAGCAAUUCUGUGCCUCCUCCUCAUGUCUCAUCCCAGGGAACCUGGCAACGAUCUAUCAAGCGUACAGAAAUCAAAACAAAUUUACUUGAUAACAUGCUUUUGCGAAGUUCAGGAAAAUUAAAUGUGGGCACCAAGAAAGAGGAUGGUGAGAGUACAGCCCCCACCCCUCGUCCAAAGAUCUUGCGUUGCAAAUGCCACCACCAUUGUCCAGAAGACUCAGUCAACAAUAUUUGCAGCACAGAUGGAUAUUGCUUCACAAUGAUAGAAGAAGAUGACUCUGGGAUGCCUGUGGUCACUUCCGGAUGCCUAGGACUAGAAGGCUCAGAUUUUCAGUGCCGGGACACCCCCAUUCCUCAUCAGAGAAGAUCCAUUGAGUGCUGCACAGAGCGGAAUGAGUGUAAUAAAGACCUGCACCCUACGCUGCCUCCACUGAAAAGUAGAGAUUUUGUUGAUGGACCUAUACACCACAAGGCCUUACUUAUAUCUGUAACUGUCUGUAGUUUGCUCUUGGUCCUUAUUAUUUUAUUCUGUUACUUCAGGUAUAAAAGACAAGAAACCAGGCCUCGGUACAGCAUUGGGUUAGAACAGGACGAAACAUACAUUCCUCCUGGAGAAUCCCUGAGAGACUUAAUUGAGCAGUCUCAGAGCUCAGGAAGUGGAUCAGGCCUCCCUCUGCUGGUCCAAAGGACUAUAGCUAAGCAGAUUCAGAUGGUGAAACAGAUUGGAAAAGGUCGCUAUGGGGAAGUUUGGAUGGGAAAGUGGCGUGGCGAAAAGGUAGCUGUGAAAGUGUUCUUCACCACAGAGGAGGCCAGCUGGUUCCGAGAGACAGAAAUAUAUCAGACAGUGUUGAUGAGGCAUGAAAACAUUUUGGGGUUCAUUGCCGCAGAUAUCAAAGGGACAGGGUCUUGGACCCAGUUGUACCUAAUUACAGACUAUCACGAAAACGGUUCCCUCUAUGACUAUCUGAAGUCCACCACCCUAGAUACGAAAUCCAUGCUGAAGUUAGCCUAUUCCGCUGUCAGUGGCUUAUGUCAUUUACACACUGAAAUCUUUAGCACUCAAGGCAAACCGGCAAUCGCCCACCGCGAUCUGAAAAGUAAGAACAUCCUGGUGAAGAAAAACGGAACGUGCUGUAUAGCUGACCUGGGCCUGGCUGUUAAAUUUAUUAGUGAUACCAACGAAGUUGACAUACCGCCCAACACCCGAGUUGGCACCAAGCGCUAUAUGCCUCCAGAAGUGCUGGACGAGAGCUUAAAUAGAAAUCACUUUCAGUCUUACAUUAUGGCCGACAUGUACAGUUUUGGACUCAUCCUCUGGGAGGUUGCUAGGAGAUGUGUGUCAGGGGGUAUAGUGGAAGAAUACCAGCUUCCCUAUCAUGACCUAGUGCCCAGCGACCCCUCUUACGAGGACAUGAGAGAGAUCGUGUGCAUCAAGAAGCUACGUCCCUCAUUCCCCAACCGGUGGAGUAGUGAUGAGUGUCUGAGGCAGAUGGGAAAGCUCAUGAUGGAAUGCUGGGCCCACAAUCCCGCAUCACGACUGACCGCCCUGCGCGUCAAGAAAACGCUAGCCAAAAUGUCAGAAUCCCAGGACAUUAAACUCUGAUUUGAGCGGGGGGGGGGGGGGGGCGCGGGAAACAAGCAUCUCUGGAGAAAGCCAGUAGAUACUCUUCUGUUUGUGGGCAGAGCGAAAGAUGUUCCAGAAGCCUCCACAGUCCAAGCCUUGAACAUCACCCUGCUUCCCAGUGGGUUCACCCUCACCUCUCAGGGAGCAGCCUGGACAAAGAGAAGUUCCCAGAAACACGUUCUCAUCAUGUCUGUUUGUAGGAGGGAGACACCGCUUGGAUAACUUGUUCAAGAUAUGAUGCAUGUUGCUUUCUAAGAAAGCCCUGUUUUUUGGGAUUGCCUUUUUUUUUUUUUCAAAAGAUGCUUUAAUUUUGCCAAAAUAGAACAAAUAAUGUAGAUGUUUUAAAGUUUAUACUAUUAUAGUUUAAGUAAUAACAACAAACGGCCUUCCCAGAGAUUCUGCUGGAAGGUCAAUUUUAAAAUACCUUUCCCUUUAGUAUAAUUCUGCUGCACUCUGCAAACCAAGAGACAGUCUGCGAAGUUGGAGAACACAGAGUGGAACUCACCUGAAAACCUCCCCGCUUCUGCCUCCUCAGACCACUUUGGCCAGCCCUGAAUUAAGGGGCCGCCACAGCAAUGUGAAUGCACCCGGGUACACAUACCACCUGUCUGGGACCACAUGGGGCGACUCCUGCAGCUGACCCUCUGUAGCUUCAGACAAUACGGAACAAAUGAAGGUUUUAUGGGACUCGGUUAGAAGUAGUAGGUGUUGAUGCUGUUCUUCAGAACCACUCUGUGUUUCUGAUUCUUUUAAGGCAUUUCUGUCAUGGUAAAGUCCUUUCCUUUUCAUUAACCACAAAGGUGUUUUUAUGUGCCGAGAGCUGACCCGUGCGUGGUUUUGAUCUCUCAAAUGAAAGGAUCAAUAUUAAAUACAAUUGCCAUCAGUUUUGUUAGAAGCAAGCCUCUUUAAAAGAGAAUUUGCUCCUGUGUUGUAUGAAAAAUAUGUCCGUGAGGUAGCAGAUGAGGGUUGGGGGUGCAAAUGGUUUGUUUCUCACCUGUGCAGGAGAGGCUGCCUCAGAAGCACAAGGGGAAGUGUGCUUACCUUAUUUUGUAUAUAGAUAAAGACAGUUUCUUUUUGUUAUUGUCUGUCUCUUUUGUGUCUGAGCGAAGAGAAGGAGAGAAAGCAUGUCAGAUUAAUUUAACUGAAUUUUAAUUUAAAAAUAGAACUGUAACCUCCAGAGGGGACAACAGAAGAGGGCAAGUGGAGGGCACAAAAUAUUAUGGCUGCUGUGAUUUAUUAUUCUAAAAUAGGUAUGGAUCGAGCAUACACGCCCUGAAUGACCAUUUCACGUCUUAGGAGUGCUGACUCAGUUUAUUUUAUUUUCAUGCUGUUCCGUUCGCUUGCUAAUUAAUUUAUUUAUUUUUCUUCUCUGUGGCACUUGUGCAAAACAUCUCCUCACCUACUCGGUUCUGUGGGGUUUGAACUUUUGCAGAAUGUGACUCAAAUAUUGACAGGGCCGAUAUUCCUUAGCAACAGGAACAUAAAGCUUAAAAUUGUGCACACCCCCUCCACUGUGUUCGUCUACGUUUCUUUACUGUGGUUUCCUUUGUUUCUUCGCGAUUCUGCAGUGUUUAGUGAAGAACUGGGGAAGGGCUUCUCCUAGGUCUUUUUAAGCACGACGUUCCUUCCAGAAUACUCCAGGGGGCAGUGUUUUAUAACACAUUAUGACUGAAGGACGGAGGGUGUUUGAAAAUUUGACAGCUGCGUGAACAAUGAGAAAAUAUUCUCCUCAUUUCUGAAGUAGGCUUGCAGCUGGUGACUUGUUCAACCCAAAAACAUCUUAGAGCACAGAGUGGUUGUGAGCUGGGCUUACAGUUUGGGAGAACAUAGGGAGAGUGUUCUGAAUUCAGCGUUCUCUUCCCAGUGCUUGAGAGCCACAUUUUGUUUGUAACAAAGAAAAGAUUCUCUUGACCCUUGAAUAGGAACAAUGUUUGUUUUUCCCAGAUUAAAAACACUUGUUUCCAAAUAUAAUUGUAACCAGAAUGCUGCUUUUAAGUGAGAUUGAAAUUACCUGAAUAGCAACAUGCAGCUUCCAUUCCCUUGGGUCACAUUGUAUUCUGGUGAGAGUUUGGAAGGAAUGUGUGCCUAGAAUGAAGUGUGAUAAUCAUCUGAGCCUUGGACAGAAACUUCAGUGCCUCCAAAUUAGAUAAUCUACAAACAAAUAAGUAAACAUUGAUGCCCCUUAAGUGGGGACACGUUGUGUUUCUUGAUUUUCCCUAAAUUUAAGCAAGGUUGGGCUUACCUCUUAGAUAAAAAUGCGUGUUAGUUUCGGUAAACUUUUAUACAUAGGUAACUUCAAAUCAAACUACUUUGUGGGGAGGUGAUGAUUUGAAAGUAAACUAGAUUUUUAGAGGCAUGUUGGUUCCAGUGAAGAAUGGGAAGAAGUUAAAAUAGUAUCCAUAUUCCUUCUGUAUUACUUGUUUAGUUGUUUUGGGAAAAUCUAUAGCUUGCUUUCUAAUCCUCAACCUGAUUUACUCACUAGGAACAUUUAAAGAUUACUCUUGAUAUAUUUAAAAAGACCCAUUUAGUUAUUAGAGUCUUUCAGUGAGAUAGGAAUUUAUUUAUGAGUAGAUUUUUCUUUGUAUCUUACCCAAACCCACCUGACUUAGGGAAUACUAAACUGUUCUUAAAGAGACUACCUACUCACUUCCAAAUAAUACUUUUUGAUUUAUAAAUUUUUAGUAGCUCAGAAGUGAAUUUAUUAUUAUUUUUUUUUUUUUGGUUUUGUCUUUCAAUAUAAUAAGUGGGAACC